UUCAAAAUGGCUACUCUACUUACCGGCAUGUUUUCCCUGGUUAUCAAAGGCUACUCGCUGACUGACGGUCCCCCGGGCUUCAGCGUGUGGUCGGUGACAGCGUGCGCGGACCGAUGUUUGGCCGACAAGUCUUGUUACGCGUUUUUCCACAACAAGAAGUCAGGACUGUGUCUGUUGCACAACUCUAAACAUGUAACUAAUAGAGAACUAACGCCAACUACUGACAUGCGAUUCUACGUAAUAAACAAAGAUUAUUGUCCAACAGAGAAAGGAUACAGUUAUUCCAGCGAUCCUCCUUUGUGUUACAGACUUGGGCUCCAAAAAUUGAAUCAUAAUGCCGCGAUGGCUGCUUGCCAAAACGAUGGCGGAUUCCUAGUUCGAAUCGACUCGCAGAAAAAACACGACUACGUCGCUCAGCUGCCUCAAGUAAUGUCGGCAUCCUCGCAGCCGUGGAUAGACGGUGGUGACGAUGACAUUGAGAAUGAGUGGAGGUUUACAGACGGGACGUUGAUGACGUACACACACUGGGAAUACACUCAGCCUAACCACGAUGGAGAUUGUGUUCGACUUCGACUUUAUAAUUACAAAGUGGAAUGGUGGGACACACAAUGUAGUUUAAACCAUUUGUUCAUCUGUGAAAUACCCACCGGAUAGACGAUAUUCGCAUACUGGUGAUUUGGAAGUAUUUGUGAUUAAAAGAAUCCUCAACAUAAAAAUAUAUUAAGAGGAAAA